AUGGGCAAAAAGAGUAAAUCAAAACCUCCCACAGAGAUGCAAGAUAAUAUAGCUGUUGGUAUCGGUGGCAGCCUCUUGGGUCCUCUUCAAACAGAUCCAGAGGCUAUCGAAACAGCAAGGGGAAGGCAACUGCAUUUCGAGGGCAUUGUCGAAGUCGGUUCCAGGUUUUGGCUCUAUAAGGUUUCCCAUUUGCACAUGGCGGAACUGGUAUAUGCCGUCGACGUACGGCAGUGGUUGUUGCAAACUGAUCAACGUGAUUAUCUUAUUUCAACUCCCAUGCCAGAUGGAAAUCUUUGCUACAAUGAUCUGUUAGAUGCAACUGUGCUGCUUUUCCAGAAGUCGUAUCCAAAUGAAGAAUUCUUUUCCGAAACACCCUCACCUCAGAAUUUGGAGGAUGACGUUCCGAUUAAUCUAGAGGACUAA